UGAGCGUAUUGUGGUAUUUAUCUAUCAUAAUUUCAUUUUUAUUUCAUUAAUUAAAAUGCAAAUAGUUACGUAAAUAUUAUAACUUUACGUUAAAUAUCAUGAAUAAAAACUUGCAAUCACCUACAAAAUUAACGGAGUUUGCUCCUUUACAACCUGAAGAAAGACCACAAAGCGUUGGACAACUUAUAUCGAAUUUUUUUAAAAUAACUAAAAACACAACACAAGUCGAACAAACUAGUGAAACUUUAGAUAAUGAUGGUCAAGAAUCUCUUCCUAAUUGGGCUAUUAACUCUUCAGUUGAGGCUUAUGCUGGAAAAGAAUCAACAGCAAAUGUUUAUAAUGUUGAUGUAAAUGAAGGCCGUAGUUUACCUAAUGUUUUAAAGAGAAUAAGUAACUUAUUAGCGUUAAAAAGCACAAGUUUACAAGAUUAUGGGGAUACAGAAUUAAAACAGUAUUGGAUGCCUGAUUCAGUAAGUAAGGAAUGCUAUGAAUGUUCUGAAAAAUUUACUACAUUUCGCAGACGACACCACUGCAGAGUAUGUGGACAAAUAUUUUGUUCGCAGUGCUGUAAUCAGCAAAUUCCAGGAAAAAUUUUUGGUUGUACUGGUGACUUAAGAGUAUGUACAUAUUGUUGCAAAGUAGUCCUAUCCUAUCUACAAACUUCUGAUUUAGGCACUGAUUUGUCAACAGACUUGAAAAUUUUACAGGAAAACUUACAGUCAAAAUUUGGAUCUUCACUUUCUCCUAGAGAUCUGGAAGAUAAUGUUACCCAAUCACUAUGCAAUAAUAUGACGGAAGGAAAUACUGCAAAAAGAAAAAUAUCUGUUGGUUAUCAAGAAGAAAAGUUCGCCUCCGGAAGUUCUCAUGUCACCUAUUUGACAACAGAAGAAAAAUGUAAAGCUCUACAGAAUUCAAUAUCGCUUAGGAAUUUAUUUGAAGAAAUUUGUAAACCUACCACCGGAGUACCUUUUGACACACAUAGGUAUCGGUUGAGGACUUAUACCCAGUGCAUUCUUGGUUCUGAGCUUGUUGAUUGGUUAAUAUUCCAACAAAAAGCAAAUAACAGAGUUCAAGCAUCAGCUAUUUGCCAAGCACUUUUAGAAGGUGGCUAUAUAGAAAAUGCAUCGGAAACAGCAUCGUUUAUCGACGGCUAUGCUUUCUAUAAACGAGGAAGUCUCAUGACAUUGCCACAACCCGAGAAAAGAAUUGAAAUUUCCUCUCAAGAGGAACCGAGCUGGGUGCAACAAAUCCCUCAAGAGUCUAGCAUGACAGAUUCAGAUAAUGAACAAACAUCUCCAAUAAAUUUAAAUCAAGGAAAUCUAACAUCAUCUUCGUCUUACAUGUUGGAUUUGAAUUUAGAAGCAAACACAGUGUACUUGUCGCGCCCUUUUGAGGCAGGUUACAAGUCGCCAGAUUCUAUAGAACCAGAUUAUAAAGAACAGCAAGAAACCACAAUUGUAAGGCCUUCGGAACAAAGAGAAUUAGCUCCUGAAUCGGGUUGGUUCAAUGUGUCGGCAUUAAGAGAUGAAAAUGGUGAGAAAUUAGCCUACGGUUUAUUAAGUGAGACAUACGAACAGCACGAACAAAGUUUAAUGAAGCAGUUACUGUCAUUUAAGGGGUUGUCUCAUUCAUGGUCCGAUAUAAUUAUUCCUUUAAUACAUAAUAUAAUUACCGUUAUUAGACCAGAUAAAAAUCAUGAUGCCGUUGAUUUGGAUAUUCGACAUUACGUACAAUUUAAAAUCUUAACUGGAAACUUACGAAAGGAAACGGCACUAGUUGGAGGAAUAGUAUGCAGCAAAAAUGUCGCCCACAAGGGUAUGCUAACAGAACUUGAAAACCCAAGAAUUUUGUUGUUACAAUGUUCGAUCGUUUAUCAAAGGACUGAAGGAAGAUUAAUGUCUUUAGAGCCAGUUUUAAUGCAGGAACAUGAAUACUUAAGAAAUGUGGCAGCUCGUAUAGUUGCUCUCCAACCAAAUAUCGUGUUAGUGCAACGAAACGUAUCGAGACUUGCUCAAGAUAUGUUACGGCAACACAAAAUUACCCUCGUACAGAACGUAAAACAAAGCGUUUUGGAAAGAUUGGCUCGUUGUACGGAAGCAGACAUAGUAUCAGCCGUUGACGCUCAUAUUGGGCGACCAAAGUUGGGGACGUGCAAAAGAUUUUAUGUAAAAAGCUUUGAUACUGAAAGGGGCGGAGUAAAAACGCUAAUGUUCUUUGAUGGCCUACCGCUUCCUCAUCUAGGUGGUACCGUUUUGUUGAGAGGUGGAUCAAAGGCUGAAUUAAUUCAAAUGAAAAAAGUGGCCUCUUUCAUGUUAUUUACAGCAUAUAACUGGCGUUUAGAGAAGUCCUUUUUAAUGGACGAAUUUGCGAUGCCGCCAAAUACAAAAUGUGAAUUUUUGGAAGACAGUAAAGAAAAUUCACCAGAUUUUCCAACACCAAAGACUAUAACUAACUUGAAUUCGAAGUUACUAGGCUCUGCAUCUGAAACUGAAAAACCGACAGUCGCUAAAAAGAGCAAUAAUGAGAAAAAUGAAAUAGUAAUCGAGGCGAAGAAAAUAACAGUGGAAACAAUUAAAGAUUUUACAGAUCCGUUACAUUCUUACACUCUCGAAAAUGAAACUACAAAGGUGGAUACAGGAGAAACAUUUACAGUGGCUGAAUUACCCUUGUCUAAUAUUUUCAGAAAAUGGCUGGACGAUGCGAUAUUAUGUAUAUCACCAUUUAUAGUUUUUUCGGUACCUUAUUUAGAGACGGAAUUUGGAAAAAAAUGCAAACUGAGACAAUUUUUUCCGAGGUAUAUAUACUUCAGUGAACAGUUCGGUAAUAAUAAAAAGAAUAAAUGGAAAGAAGAGUUAACUCCAGUUGACAGAAAUUCUAAUAACAAAAAGAUCAAACCACUGCACGCCUUUUUAAAAACGAAAAUAACCACAAAUGUAGAAGACGUGAAUAUUCAAAAUUCGCUUGCUAAUUUUAGAGCGUGCGGUGGUAGAUAUGAGAAAAAAGAGAAUAUUUGCAUUGUUACGAAGAAAGAUGACAUUAAGAAAACUUUGGAAUUAGAACAGGAAAGCACCAAAGAUGUGCUCGAUCCGACAAACCACCAAAAAUUGGCUGUUUUAUUUUGUAGCUUCAGUGCAGAGUCGAAUAAUGCACCGGCAUUUUGUGUGAACCCUUGGGUUGUAUUUAUGGAUUUCUACGGACGUAACGAUAUUCCCUUGGGUUGUUUUUUGGAAAGAUACUGUUUUAGACCUACAUAUUAUUGUCCUUCUAAAUCGUGCGACACCCCUAUGGUGAAACAUACGAGACGAUUCGUCCAUAACUCUGGAUGUGUCAGUAUAUCAUUAAACUACUUUGAAAAUGAAUUUUCUGAGGAAAGUAUAGUUAUGUGGACCUGGUGUACAAAAUGCCAAAGUGUUUCCCCCGUCGUACCUAUGUCAGCAGACACGUGGUCUUACUCUUUUGCAAAAUAUUUAGAAUCCAAGUUCCACGGAGACGUUUUCAGCAGACGAGGCCAAUAUUCUUGCAACCACAGCUUGCAUCAUGAUCAUUACCAGUACUUCGGUUUCAAAAAUUAUGUAGCAUCGUUUAAAUACACGUACAUCAAUAUUUGGGAGAUAUCUCUGCCUCCACUGUUAAUUGAAAUUACUAAUGAUGCAAAUCAAUUCCAGAGUAAAUUAAUCGACGAAGUUCGAAUUAUGGCACAAAAGGGCCAUGAAAUAUUCUCUUUGAUACAAGAUAAAUUAUCAUAUUCUCCAGUGGACGAAUUGGAAAAUAUUGGUAACUUGAAACAACUCCUUUGUAAGGAGCAAGUGCUAUUUAAGCAAAAAGUUGAGGAAGUCCAAUUAAAACUUACUUCCCCAACAAUUGAAAAUAAAGACUUUGAAGAAAAAGAAUUGUAUGCAGCAUAUUGGAAAAUAUCGGAUGUUCUUAUUAAAAUAAAAAAAUCAAUAGUGGAAACUGUGGAUGUUUGGAAUGUGAGGCUAUCGGAAGCCACUCGUAAAAAGGAUACUGACAAAAAAAAGGACAAGCCUUCUCAAAUAGAAUCAGACUCCAGUGUUGAUGAAACAGUAACAUCAGAAUUAUCCAAUGAAUUACAAAUAAAUGAACAACCAGAAAAAGGAACAAGUAAUUUAAUAUUCAAGAAAUUAAAAAGUCUGGAUAACGAAUAUGAUUAUCACAGUCCUUCAUCUCCGAAAAGUCAUCACAGAACCUACUCAGAUGACGGAACGGUUAUGAUUCAAAGUGAAGAUGUAAACGAUGGCAAAAAAGAAUCAGACAAAAAAACCGUUAAAAAUAUUCUGUCACAGCUACUACCUUCGGUACACACUUUGACGUCAAUAUCUCCUCCAUUUGGUGUUCAAGAACACUACACUCUUCCACUUGGUACAUCAAUACCGAUAGUUGUCUACGAGAAUGAACCAAGUUCUAUUAUUUCAUAUACCUUAAACUCAGUGGAUUAUAAAAAAGCUUUUGAAGAUUUAACUAUUAAAAAAAAUGCGGAACAAAGCCCUAGUCCUGUAACUAAACGCAAGAGCAACUCUGAUAAGGAAAAAAGUGACGACGAUAAGUCGCUUAAUCUUCUGGGAUUUUUACGGAACAAAGACUCAAAACCAGAUUUAGUCAAUUCGCCUCUUAAUUCUACGAAUUCUGAUGCAAAUCAGUCUGAUCAGACGUCACCAGCAACGGAAAAAACCGAAGACACAAAAAAAUCUAGAAACUGUCACAUUGACGUACAAUUCCAAGAUCCCAACUGCAAUUUCUUCUGUAGAGUGUAUUUAGCUGAGAAAUUUGCAACAUUGAGGUCAUUGGUGCUACCGAUGGGAGAAGAAGCAUAUGUCAGAUCGUUGUCUAGAUCGGUACAAUGGAAUGCAAGAGGUGGAAAGUCUGGUUCGAAUUUUUCAAAAACUGCGGAUGACCGAUUUAUUUUAAAAGAAAUGUCAAAAUCUGAAGUUCAACUGUUUUUGGAGUCCGCUUCAAACUACUUUGUUUAUAUGCACAAAAGCUAUACCACUAAACAGCCAACGCUGUUAGGAAAAAUCGUAGGAAUUUAUCAAAUUAUAUUUAGGAAUAACUCUAACAUCGCAUAUAGAAAUAAUUUGCUUGUGAUGGAAAACUUAUUCUAUAAUAGAAAAGUAACGCAGAAAUUUGACCUAAAAGGAUCUAUGAGGAAUAGAUUAGUCGUACCUGAAAACCAAGAAGGGGAAAUAGUUUUAUUGGAUGAAAAUCUUCUUAAAAUGACUUGCGAUUCUCCUCUAUACAUUUUACCACAUUCCAAGGCUGUUCUGACAGCUGCAAUACAAAAUGAUACUGAAUUCCUCUUUACUCAGUCUGUGAUGGAUUAUUCUCUACUUGUAGGACUAGAUCCAGAAAAUAAAGAGUUAGUUUUAGGAAUUAUAGAUUAUAUAAGAACGUUUACAUGGGAUAAGAGAUUAGAAACCAUUGUCAAAAAAAGUGGAUUUUUAGGGGGACAGGGGAAAUUGCCUACAAUCGUGUCUCCGGAAGAAUAUCAAAAACGGUUUAUUGAAGCAAUGCACAGGUACUUUUUAGAAGUACCUGAUCAUUGGGCUGGACUCGGGAAGGGAUUAGAUAUAUAAGUUAAAUUAUUUAUCUUAAAUUUUCACAUAUUUUAUUUUUCCAUUCAUGUUCUGUGUUAUUUGUUCUAGUAUCAGAUAUUUAUUCAAAAGUAUUUUAAAUCAGUCUUACCUUAGACUUUUUGUAUAUUAUUGAUGGUAAGUACUAUUUCCCAAAACACCUGUAAAUAGUAAGAAAUAAUACAUACAGUUCUUUUGAAAUGACUUCUUUUUGGUAUUUGUAAUUUGAACAUACUCCUCGUCAGCUAAUUUCCAAGAAUAAAGAAUCUAGAAAAAAUAGUCAAUUUUGAAUGGUAUACAACCAUUUGUAUAUUAGAAGGCUUCGGAAAAAUAAGGGAAACCAACCGCCAAAGAAGCACAUUUUCCACCAAUCGAGCUCUCACACAUUGUCUCAAACAAGACAUUUUGAGAACUGAAAAAGUUGAAUUGAUGAGUCAUCCACCGUACAGACCUGAUUUGGCACCCAGUGACUUUUUUAUUUCCGCACAUCAAAAAUAAAUUACGAAAUCGAUGUUUUUCAACGCCUUGUGAAGUGGUUUAUGUGUUCAAAAUACAUGUUUUGGAGGUACCUCCAUUGGAAUGGAAAAAGUGCUUCAAAAAUUGAUGCGAGCGCAUGCAUAAGUGUAGUGAUCUUUCUGGAGAAUAUUUUGAAAAAUAACAAAGCAGUAUUCGAUGAUUUUUU